UUUAUAGAAAAAAUGCUUUGCAAACGAUCUUUCCAAGGCCUCCGCCAACCUGGCUUUCAAACCCUUUCUCGUCGUUUCUUGAGUAUUACUCACGAAGAUCCUAAGCCUGGUACCACUUCAGCUAACAUCGUUGACCAAGAGCUGGGUAACAUUGUCGGCGUCUAUGCUCGCUAUCCCCUCGUCAUGAGCCACGGUCAGGGCUCUUUCCUCUUUGACAAGGAAGGCCGUAAAUUUAUUGACUUUACCUCUGGUGUUGCCGUUACUUCUUUGGGUCACAGCCACCCUGAAGUGGCCCGCCUUGCUGCCGAUCAAUGUACCAAACUGGUCCACAGCAGUAACUUAUACUUUAAUGAACCUGCCAUUGAGCUUGCUCAUAAAAUAAACACUUCUUUGUCUCAAAACAGCAAGAUUUCCUCACCUAGCAAGAUUUUCUUCUCGAACAGUGGUACUGAAGCAAAUGAGACUGCUUUGAAGUUUGCACGCAAAGCUGCUUACGAGACGCAUGGUGAAAAAAAGACACAAAUUGUUUACUUCAACAACUCUUUCCAUGGCCGUAGUCUUGGUUCCCUAAGUAUUACUGCCAACCCCAAAUAUCGCCGUGGUUUCGAGCCUCUACUUCCUGAUGUUGUUCAAGCUACUUACAACGAUAUCGAGUCUAUCAAGCAGGUCAUUAAUGACAAGACUGCGGCUGUUAUUGUUGAACCUGUUCAAGGUGAAGGUGGUAUCUGCCCUGCCAAUGCUGAGUUUUUGGUGGCAUUGCGCAAGGCCUGUGAUAAAUUCAACGCGUCUUUAAUUUAUGAUGAGAUCCAGUGUGGUCUUGGUCGUUCUGGUGACUUCUGGGCCCAUUCUGUCGUCAAGGAUCAGGCCAGCCCCGAUAUUAUCACUGUUGCCAAACCUUUGGCUAAUGGCUUGCCUAUCAGUGCUACCAUCGUUUCUUCCAAAGUAGCUGAAACUCUCCAUGCCGGUGAGCAUGGAAGCACUUUUGGUGGUAAUCCCGUCGCUUGCCGAGUUGGUUCUUUCUGCGUCGAUGAAUUGAGUUCAUCAAAGAUCUUGAACAACGUCCGCAAGCAGCACAACACUCUUACUUCUCGUUUUGCUGAGUUUACUACUAAAUACCCUAGCUUAAUUCGUGGUUACGCUGGUCGUGGUCUUCUUUUGGGUUUGCAAUUCAAGCAAUCUCCUGCUGAUUUCAUUAACAUUGCUCGUCAACAGGGUCUUUUGCUUUUGCCAGGCGGUAACAAUAAUACCCGUGUUCUUCCCUCCUUGAAUGUUGAAGACUCUGUUAUUGCUGAUGGUUUGGACAUCAUGGAUGAUGCAUUGAAGCACCUUUCCAAGUAAUUUAUAAUGUGCUUAUAUAAUAACUAUGGGUAUGCGAAUGCAGUUGCUUGGGCUUUAAAUUUAAAUAUAUAUAGACUUAAUUGAAGGAAAUAGAGAUUUUGGAUUUUAAGUAAGAAUUUUACUAUACCA